GCAAGGUCUGACCUUUUUUGAAUCACUUAUCAACGUCUUAUCGUAGUAUAUAUUACAUAUUUCUACAACUAUAUUUAAGUAGCUACCAUACGUUGAUAUAUAAGAUGAAAGAUUUGUGAACUAAAAAGCAAGAGAGUAUUGAAUGGUUGCAACUUCAAUUAGCCACCUGUGUCGGCUAUAAUAUAUAGUUCUCGUGUAAAAUGGAUUACUUGUCAGCCCAUUGCAGUCUUCUGCUUAUCUUUUCCUGUCAAAUUGUUGUCGUAACGGGAAUAUUCAAAGAGGAUGGGCUUUGGAUGUUUUAUGUAAAUAACGGUUCAAAUAUUGGAGAAGACUUGACAGAUCAACUGAGGGAUAAUAAAUCAAUCAAUAUAAACCUCAGGCUCAGUGUAAGUUAUGUGGAGGUGACGAGAAGCGUUCAAAGAAAUCUUCUCAAAUUUUGUGAAAUUUUGACCAAAAUGAAAGUGGUUGCCCUCUUUCUCCCUCCAAACUUGGUAAACAGAAUUGAAUAUACACUUACUGCGAAGCAUCUUUCAAUUCCAGUACUGGAUCUCAAAAAAUCAUUUAAUGACAUACAGGAAAACCAGGUGAUCAACUUGUACCCAAGUAAAAAAGACAGCUUACCGCACGUUAUGAAAAUUCUACGCACAUGGAACCCAGCUGCUUUGAUCUGUAACAAAGAGACUUAUGACGAAAUCAAGUGUCAAAAUACCCAUAGAUCAGAGAAUGAUCUGAAGUUUUAUUAUCUCGUAUCAGGUCUAUCAGCAAAGGAUCGUGCACGGACGGGGGCUGCCAUCUUAGCAAAGAUACGAAAUUUAAAUAUUAAGAUCUUGGUUCUUCUUCUUGACUUGCAAGAGGAGAUCGAUGAACUACUUGCACUGGGGAGAAUGAUGCAGAUGACUGGAGAAAAAUAUAAAUGGAUUCUGCCCUUCGAAAACACGCAAAACCAAGUUUCUCUUCCAUUCAACUCGUUUAUUCUCCAAAUGAAAAAUUCAGCGAUAUUUCAAAAUAUUUUGUUUGAUGUUGUUGAAUUAGUUGAGAUGGGUUUUAACAGUUACACCAACGAAUACCCACAAGCCUCAGUUCCAUUAAGAAGUUGUUUUAACACAUCAGAUCCAUCCUUCGGAGACGGAUUGUUCAGGCAUUUGCUGCAUCAAUCAUUUGUUGGAAAGACUGGGUAUCUUGCCUUUGACAAACAGGGAAGAAGAAUCAAUGCUGAAUACCAGGUUGUUAAUCUAAACAAUGAGUUGGUCACAACUUCUUACGUGUCAUCCAACUUCCAGCCAAAUUUGCCUAAUAAAAUACGAGCGGUUACAGCCGCGUCUGCACCCUUCGUUUAUCGAAACAAGAUGAAAAAGGAACAUCAAAGUUGUGGAACAGGCUUGAUUUGUCAUGUUUACAUCAUGAACCAUACUCAACCAUUUUGUUGUGAAGGCUACAUUAUUGAUUUAUUACACCUUUUAAAAACAGAUUUAGGCGUGGAUAUCGAGGUGCACAUCACUAAAGAUGGAAAAUAUGGCGCGCUAAAUGAACAGACAAACCAGUGGAAUGGUAUGAUUGGGGAACUGGUACGAGACGAAGCCGACAUUGCUAUCGCGGACUUGACGAUCACCGAUGAUCGUUCUCGAGUUGUAGACUUUACUAAUCCUUUUAUGGAGAUUGGCGUCGGAGCGCUAGUGAGAGUUGAUCGCCAGGGUCUUACGCACGGUAUCUGGGCAUUCUUGCAACCAGUUGCCGCGCAAUUAUGGAUUGCAACAUUUCUCGCCAUCUCACUCAUGGGUAUUUUGUUCUGGACAAUGGAGAGAAUUGCGUUUUGGAUCUUGGAUAAGUUUUCCAUACACAAGGACAAGAAAGCAGAUAAAACGCGGAGAGAUUUUUCAUUUGCAGCUAGCGUACAUUAUUCCUGGAGUACCGUGGUGCGCACGCGGGACAAGGUGAAGACACCGUCAAGUACAAGUGCGAAGAUAGGUGCCAUUAGUCUUGCAUUAUGCUUUUUGGUAUUUAUCACAACUUACACAGCACAGCUUGCUGCAUUCCUGGUUGCAGAACUUCAUGUUACUCCAAUUACUGAUGGAAUACAAGACAGUAAGUUUCAGAACCCAAGUGAUGAUCUUCGAAUAGCAACCAUCGAGGGAAGCAGCAUUGAAAGAUUCUUUCGAACAAGUCCUGAUCUGAAAUACAUAAAGAUGUGGAAACACAUGAAGGGUAACAAUGUCCCAUCAAGUGAUAUUGGUGUUGAACGUCUUAAGAAAAAGCAAAUAGAUGUUCUCAUUGGCGACUAUGAGACAGUGGUUUAUAUUGCAUCGCAGGAUCCUGACUGUUCCUUGCGUGUCAUAGGAAAACCUUUCUUCAAAUCAGGGUUUGGUGUUGCUUUGCAGAAAAAUUCAAAUUGGACAUCCAUAAUUACCCAGAAAUUACUUCAGUAUGAAAAAUUUGACACAUUUCAAGAGUUGUCUCACAGAUGGAUGAAAACAUCGUGUGAUAAAAAUGCAGAUAAUGAAGAUUCUAUGAAUUUCAAUACAUUUCGUAGAAUGACAGCCUAUGACGUAUCAGGCAUGUUUGUCAUUCUAGGCGUUGCCAUUGGUUUGUCCUGGCUGUUGUUAAGUGUGGAAUUCUGUUAUAAAAAACGUCUUAGAAAUAAGCAAUAAUUUACUUCUUCGUUAUUCAUUCACCGGCUCCAAUUUGUGAUUUCUGAUAGAAGAUUUCCACAAGGAAGAACCUCCUCGACAAAAGAAGGUUUGACUUUGAGGAUAAAUCGGGGCUGGUUACAUUUAGUGAUUUGAUUUAGCGUGUGUUAACUUUGAGAACCUAAAUAUAUAUAUAUAUAAAACUGAUUAUGUACUGUUUCAGCUUUAGAUAAUUAAUGAAUCUACGUUAUGCGAGGAAGUAUUUGAUUUAUAUAACAAUAUCAGUAAACAUGCAGUAUAUAUUUAAAUAUAUGGUUCAUAUAUAUUAAUGCUAUUCUUCAGUUUGUGGAAUAAAGCAAU